ACACACUUCCACAACACCCCCAAAUAAAAAAGAAAGAGCGACCAGAUAGACAACAAGACUCUCUCACAGUAACACCACUUCCACCUCCCUCCACUUUGCAUCUACUUCCCUCCUCCCGUCUCUCUUUUCAUCCCCAAUCAUCUUCUAUGGGAGAGAGAAUCACUCCUGGAAGUUACUUCCAGUACCCUCCUUCUGGAGUCCAUGCUUCUCCUCAUAGACCCUCUUCUUCUCUGCCUUUAGAUCGUGAAAGAUAUUUGGGUGAAUUAUUGGCGGAGAGGCAAAAAUUAGUGCCAUUUAUGCAAGUUUUGCCACUAUGCACCAGGCUUCUAAGUCAAGAAAUCAGACGGGUAACAGGUUACAAUCCAAGUUUUGUUGAUCAUGAAAGGUUUGAACCUGAUAGUCCAUUUAGGUCAUUAGGUCAGCCAAAUGGAAGACCGAUGGAAUUGGAGGGAUUGUCAGCGAUGCAAACAGAGGAAAAUGGGCAUCUCCAAAGAAUGGCCUCUUUUCAAAAUCCUCCAAUGGGCUGGACAGGGGUGCCGGGAAUUCCGACCACACCUAUUGUAAAGAGAGUUGUUAGACUUGAUGUUCCUGUUGACAAAUAUCCAAAUCAGUAUAAUUUUGUUGGUCGAAUUUUGGGACCACGUGGGAACUCUCUGAAAAGAGUUGAAGCCAUGACAGAAUGUAGGGUGUUCAUAAGAGGCCGGGGCUCCAUAAAGGAUUCUAUAAAGGAAGAGAAACUAAAAGAUAAACCUGGUUAUGAGCAUCUAAAUGAGCCGCUGCAUGUGUUAGUGGAGGCCGAAUUUCCAGAGGAUAUAAUAAAUGCCCGCCUGGAUCAUGCGGUGGCGAUAUUAGAAAAUCUUCUGAAGCCAGUGGAUGAAUCCUUGGAUCACUAUAAGAAGCAACAAUUAAGGGAAUUGGCUAUGCUAAAUGGUACUCUAAGAGAAGAAAGCCCCAGCAUGAGCCCGAGUAUGUCACCCUUUAACAGUGCAGGAUUGAAGCGUGCAAAGACAGGAAGAUAACCCCCAUUUAGUGAUGAUGGAUCAUAAUUAUUAAACAUGCUGGACCACUGCAGCUGAUGGACUGCAGUCCUGACGACUUCAACUAUAUUGUUCUUCGGAACCUUGGGAGACUUGGUGAUUGAGAAGAGUUAAGUUGAAACCAAGAGUAAGUUAUGCGCGUGAAAUGUUGGCAUGCCAGAUGGGUUAUCUGUUUCGAUAGUUGUGUUCUAUAUGGCUAACAUCUUGAUCUACAAUCUCAAUUCUUUUCAUGUAUAAUUCCUUUGAAAGUCGAAUUUGUUAUUUGAUUGGUUAAAAAAGUAGCUCAUUCCCUAAUCAAUUUAUUUGUUAUUCCAGCUAGCUGUUGAUUGAAUGUGAACUUUAUAUGUACUUUGGCAGAUACUUUGCCUUAACAAUCUUAUGCCUAUUGACAUGAAACAAAUGAAUAAUAAAUUGCAUCGUAAUUUCUGUUA